AUGAAACCUACAUCUACGAUCCCAAAUGAUUUAGAAUAAGAUGUAAAUUAAAUCAAUAAAUUACUCAAAUCUCAUCGUAACCAAAAGUUUGUUGAAACUUUCUUUUCCUUCUAUGAUUAAUUUCAAUAUAAACUAAAUGAACAAAUCAAUUAAAAUUAAGAAUUAUGGAUUCAAUUUGAAAGUAUCUUCAGCAACCUAGACUCGCUUAAUGACAAAUUCACUGAGUUAGGAUAUGUAUCUCGUCUUGGAUGUACUCAAUCCUUAACUAAAUAUAAUUGA